AUGUCUCACCUACAAACAAACCUUGUAUCAGAUGGAACCGGAUUACAAAUUCCGGUUGAGUCCUUUACAGGGGGAGUAACAGAAAUGUUUCCUCUCAUCAAUAAACCAAGGUUAAUUGAAACUAGCAUAGCUUCUCGUCAUCGUCUAGAUAUCCUCCCCACCAACGCUACAUUAAACGAAGAAAUAACAGAUAAAUAUAUUGAAUUUAAUAUUCCAGGACAACAAGGAGCCUUUCUAGACCUAAGUAGCUUAAUGCUAGAACUAAAACUACAUCUCAUUAAGGGGGAUGCUAAGGAAAACAUAGGAGAUGAUGAACCCAUUGUCUUAGUAAAUAACGCUCUCCAUUCGCUUUUCAAAUCAGCUACAGUAUUUGUACAAGGUCAACAAAUUGAAAAUAAUCCGCUCUACCCCUAUACCUCCUUCGUACGAAUGUUAACAGGAAUGUCGAUAUCUAAGAGAGAGACGCUCGCACGAAACAUGUUCUUCUAUGACGACAAUAAAGGCUCAGGGAUACAAAAAGAUUACACCCAAGAAUACUUUUUAAAUCUGAAUCGCCUCGAAAAAAAAGUAACGAAGGAGGUGAAAAACCAGGGUGUGCACCUAUGCGCACCUCUUUUGUUAGACUUGGCUACAAGCGAUGGGUAUUUAUUGGACAAUGUUGACGUGCGCAUUCGGUUGGAAUUCUCUUCCACUGAGUUUGUGCUCAGCACUUCGGAUGAGAACAUGAAACCCAAAUUCGUUGUAGAUCUAGCCAAAUUGCAUAUUACAAGACUGAGACCCCACCCACAAGCAAUGCUCGCACUAAACGCCUCGCUUCAGAAACCAGGCAACUCCGUUGAUUAUCUAUACACAAAAUCUCUAUAUAAAACAUACAUCAUGUCUCUAGGACAACAAACAUUUUCAAUUGACUUACCCUGGCAAAGCGUUAUACCUGAAAAAUUGUACUUUUUCAUGUGUGACAUGGAUGCAUUUGCUGGAUCAUUUAAAAAGAACCCCUUUUAUUUCGAUCACAACAGUAUUAGGAAAAUACACCUGACAGUAAAUGGAGCAUCCGUUUAUAAUAUCAACGUUGAUUUCCCCUACCAUUUUUCCAGUGCUUAUUACCACGUACUAAACUCAAUCGGGAUAGAAAAAGAUCACGUUGUCACGAGGGAUGCUUUCUCUACAGGUAGAACGUUAUUCGUAUUAGAUCUACAAGCGGAAAAAUUAGCAGACUCCAUUGCUCUGGAACAAUCCGGCAACCUACGAAUUGAUUUGGAAUUUGAGCAACCUAUGAAUGCUAAUAAAGUUCUCGUUUUGCUUGGUGAUACACAAGGACGUUUAUCGAUCAACAGCGAUAGACGUAUUUAUUCCGAUAUUAGAGCAUAA